AUGGAGAAGAAGAGAGUGAAUAGCGUGAUCAUGGAAAUUCUGUUGAGGUUACCGGUGAAGGCUCUAUCACGUUUCAGGUGUGUCUGCAAAUCAUGGCUUUCUCUAAUUUCUAAUAACAAUUUUGCUACUAUACAUUUUGAACAUGCUGCCACACAUAGACGUCUCUUUAUAAAACCUUAUGCCCUUCAACCUUUAUCCAUAGAUGUUGAUUCAUGGCUUCACGAUGCUUCUUCUGCAUAUGCUUCACUAACCCUUGAUUUUUUUCGUCCCAAACGUCCUCUUGAAAUAAGAGGUUCCUGUAGAGGAUUUCUGUUUUUGCAUGAUGGCACAUACAUCUAUCUAUUGAAUCCAUCCACCGGUUUGAUCAAACAAAUACCCGACUCUCCUAUAUUACUUAAGGAUGGUUACGAACUUCUGUCUGGUUUUGUAUAUGACCAGCCCACUGAUGAUUACUUGAUAGUUUCGUUAUUCUGCGAAGAUGAUCCCGCAAUUAAAUUGAUGAUUUUCUCAUUGAGAGCUAAUAAGUGGAAACCAAUGGAGGUUGCUUCUCAUUUGCCUGAUAUAACUACUGCUGUAUGGGAUUGUGUCCCUAAAUCCGGGUUAUCCUCGAAUGGUUCUAUUCAUUGGAUUGUUUAUAAUCAAGAGACCUUUAAGAAUGUUAUUAUUGCCUUUGAUAUAAAGGAAAUGGCAAUGUUGGAGAUACCUCUGCCAGAUGAUUUUAUUAGUAUUUGUAAUAAUUUUUCUAUACAUUAUGAUUUGUUGGAAGUUGGAGGACUUAUCGGUGCAUGGAUGAAUGACCUGAAUACAGUCAAGAUAUAUGUGAUGCAAGAAUAUGGAGUGCAUUCAUCUUGGACUAAGAUUAUUCAAUUUUCUGUUGAUCCUGUUUUGCACAAUGAUUUAUACAUAGCAUGCUUAACAAAGUGUGGUGAUAUAGUAGGAACAAAUAGUGCAAGCGGAUUGGUGAAGUUUAAUGACAAAGGCCAGCUACUAAAGUUUAUGUUUUCAGACAUAUCCGAAUUGGUCGGGCAUACAGAGUCUCUGUUUUCACUUCCCGGCACCGGUUACGCUUAG